CUUCGCCCUUUCGUUUUUUCUUUUUUCCCUUUUUUUUUUAAUUUAUUUGCCCUUUUCUGACCCUUUCCUCUCUCUCCUCUCUCCUCUCUCCUUAAUUCGCCUUCGUCAUCGAUCGAUCGAGAGGAGCUCUCCAUCGAUUUCAAACCCUAAAUCCGUCGCCGCCCUUCCCCCACGACCCAAGGAUUUGAGACCCGUCGAGAAUACUUGUGCUUCUCUUUUGAGGACGAAAUCAGGCAAGAGUCCUUCCGCAAGGUCCAAAAGCAAUAUGGCUGUUUCUAUGAAAGAUUUGGAUCCAGCAUUUCAAGGGGCUGGAACAAAGGCUGGACUUGAGAUAUGGCGUAUUGAAAAUUUUCGGCCAGUCCCUGUGCCAGAGUCUUCCUAUGGAAAAUUUUUCACUGGGGAUUCAUACGUUGUUCUUAAGACAACUGUCUUGAAAAAUGGUUCUUUCCGCCAUGACAUCCACUAUUGGCUUGGUAAAGAUACUAGCCAGGAUGAGGCUGGGACUGCUGCAAUUAAAACUGUAGAAUUGGAUGCUACCCUUGGAGGACGUGCAGUCCAAUAUCGCGAAGUACAAGGAAAUGAGACUGAAAAGUUCCUCUCCUACUUCAAGCCAUGCAUUAUUCCACAGCAAGGUGGGGUGGCAUCUGGUUUCAAGCAUACUGAAGUCAAUGAGCAUGAGCACGUUACACGGUUAUUUGUAUGCAAAGGAAAGCAUGUUGUCCAUGUUAAAGAGGUUCCGUUUGCUCGAUCGUCUCUCAAUCACGAUGACAUUUUUAUUCUGGAUACCAAGUCCAAGAUUUUCCAGUUUAACGGUUCCAACUCAACUAUUCAGGAGAGAGCAAAAGCUCUCGAAGUUGUGCAAUAUAUUAAAGAUACUUACCAUGAGGGAAAGUGUGAUGUCGCUGCUGUUGAGGAUGGGAAGUUGAUGGCUGAUGCCGAGUCCGGUGAAUUUUGGGGCUUCUUUGGCGGGUUUGCGCCUCUACCCAGAAAGGCAAUCUCAGAGGAUAAUGGAAGAGACGAGGGCUCUACUGUAAAAUUGCUCUGUGUUAAUAAAGGGAAAACAGUGCCGAUCACUGCUGAGCCCUUGGCAAGAGAGUUGCUAGACACAACCAAAUGUUACUUGCUGGACUGUGGGGCCGAAAUAUACGUGUGGAUGGGUAGAAAUACAUCUCUUGAGGAGAGAAAAAGUGCAUGUGCUGCUGCAGAAGAAAUACUGCAUGAUCCCGGCAGACCAAACUCUCAUGUUAUCCGUGUAAUUGAGGGGUUUGAGACUGCCAUGUUUAAAUCAUUGUUUGAAAAAUGGCCAGAGUCACCUGAGGUGGCUGUAUCUGAAGAGGGCAGAGGGAAAGUUGCAGCCCUUCUAAAACGCCAAGGUUUAAAUGUUAAAGGUCUUACGAAAGCUGAUCCUGUAAAGGAAGAACCUCAACCAUAUAUUGAUUGCACGGGAAACUUGCAGGUUUGGCGAGUAAAUGGCAAUGAAAAGGCUCCUCUCUCAUCCUCUGAUCAAUUCAAGUUCUACAGUGGGGAUUGCUAUAUCUUUCAAUAUACGUAUCCAGGAGAUGACAGAGAUGAAUGUCUUAUUGGUACUUGGUUUGGGAAGAAGAGCGUCCAGGAGGAGAGGGCUGUAGCUAUUUCACUUGCUAGCAAGAUGGUUGAAUCUAUCAAAUCACAAGCUGUCCAGGCUCGCAUUUACGAAGGAAAAGAGCCCAUUCAGUUUUUUUCUAUAUUCCAGAGCUUCAUAAUUUACAAGGGAGGUCUUAGCUCUGGAUAUAAGAAUUUCAUUGCAGAUAAUGAAAUUGCUGAUGAAACAUACUCGGAAGAUGGACUUGCACUUUUCCGAGUUCAAGGCUCAGGACAAUAUAACAUGCAAGCGAUUCAAGUUGAUCCUGUGGCAUCAUCUUUGAAUUCAUCCUCCUGUUACAUAUUACAUGACGGAAAUACACUUUUCACAUGGUCUGGGAACUUUAGCACUUCACUGGACCAUGAACUAGCUGAAAGACUGCUAGAUGUAAUUAAGCCAAAUUUGCAGUCGAAAACGCAAAAGGAAGGAGCAGAAACCGAUCAAUUAUGGAGUUUACUAGGAGGCAGAUCUGAAUACCCGAGUCAAAAGAUUGCGAGAGAACAGGAAGGUGAUCCACACCUCUUCGCAUGUACUUUCUUGAAAGGCAAUUUGAGGUUCAAAGAAAUAUUCAAUUUCAGCCAAGAUGAUCUAAUGACUGAAGAUAUAUUCAUUUUGGAUUGUCAUUCGGACAUUUUUGUUUGGGUCGGACAACAGGUGGAUUCAAAAAAUAAAGUACAAGCUUUGAAUAUCGGAGAGAAAUUUCUUGAACUUGAUGUGCUGAUGGAAAAGCUUUCUCGAGAAACUCCUAUAUACAUUGUUAUGGAAGGAAGUGAACCGCCUUUCUUUACUCGGUUCUUUACUUGGGACUCUGCAAAAUCAGCAAUGCAUGGUAAUUCAUUCCAGAGGAAACUAUCCAUAGUGAAGAAUGGGGCAACUCCAACAACAGAUAAACCCAAGCGCCGGACGCAAACAUCACAUACAGGAAGAUCUAGUGUGCCAGAGAAAUCUCAAAGAUCUCGAAGCAUGUCUUUUAGCCCUGAAAGAGUUCGUGUGAGGGGGAGAUCCCCUGCAUUUAAUGCCCUAGCCGCUAACUUUGAGAAUCCCAAUGCUAGAAAUCUUUCAACCCCUCCACCGGUGGCUAGAAAAAUAUUCCCAAAAUCCAUUUCACCUGAGACAGCAACAUCCGCACCCAAGUCGGCCGCCAUUGCUUCCCUAACUGCUUCUUUUGGACGGCCUACGCAAACUAUUAUACCAAAAUCUGUGAAAGUGAGCCCUGAGGCAGAAAAGUCAAAACCAGAAGUGAAUGCCAAGGAGAGCACCAAUGCAAUGAGCAGCAGAAUUGAAUCUCUCACAAUCAAAGAAGAUGCAAAGGAGGACGAGCCUGAAGACGAAGAAGGUCUCCCUGUUUACCCUUAUGAACGCCUUAAAAUCUCGUCUCCUGAUCCUGUGACAGGCAUUGAUGUAACCAAGCGAGAGACAUACUUGUCUUCAUCGGAAUUCAAGGGGAAAUUCGGGAUGACAAAGGAAGCUUUCUUGAAGCUGCCAAAAUGGAAGCAGAAUAGGCUCAAAAUGGCUCUUCAACUUUUCUAAAGACGUUUUAAUGUUUCAACAUUUUCUUUAGGUCAGAGGAUUGACUCCUCAUUUCUCAUGGCAUGAGAAAAUCCCAGCAAGUAUAUAUAUAGUAGGUCCGGGUCAAGGGGACCCAUAGUUAUGGUUUGGAAGGGAACAGCAUCAGUGCCUUUUUAGCUGCUGCUGCUCCCAAAAUACUUCAUGUCGUAUAGAGGUUUAGUGUUCUUUUUAUUUUUCUUGUUGAUUGAGUUGUUCCAGUAGGUUUGCGGGUUUUCUUUUCUUUUUUUUUUGUUUAAUUUUUUUUUGAAGGUUGCAGGUUUGGUUUGUGAGCUUGCAUUUUACAAUUUUUUUUAAAAAAAUUAUUUUUUGAGUAAUUGUUUUGAAAGGUAAAUAGAGUUGUUCCAGUUAUCUGUCAAAGGUUUGCAUGAUGUGUAUUGAGAGAAUGAAAAGUGUGUACAGCAGAGUGUACAUUAUGUGGUGGAUAACCCACUUUGCAGCUUUGCUUUGUUUCGUCAAUAAAAGAUAUUAGCAUUUUGAUUGUUUGUGUAA